AUGAAGUGCGGGAUAAAGGCUCGGCGCCCAGCAGCCGGAACAGGAACAGGGCAGAGUGGUGAGCUGCCCCCAGCGGUGCCGCCUUCCAGCGUCGCUGGCCCUUUAAUUCAGCCCGAGGGGGACGGCGAGGAGGAGCCGCUGCUGGGCGCGACCCCCGCGGGCCGUAGCCGGGGCGCCGGGGCCGCCUGGGACAGGGACGCGCGCUGCGCCGCAGGAAGUACUGCAGAGAUGAAUUCAUUUCUGGAUGAUCCAGAAUUUGCUGAAAUUAUUUUAAAAGCAGAGCAAGCUAUAGAGUGUGCAGUUUUUCCGGAAAGAAUCUCCCAAGGAUCCAGUGGAAGUUACUUUGUGAAGGAUCCAAAGGGGAAAACUAUUGGAGUAUUCAAACCAAAAUCUGAAGAGCCUUAUGGUCAUUUGAAUCCAAAAUGGACCAAAUACUUUCACAAGAUUUGUUGUCCUUGCUGCUUUGGCAGAGGCUGUCUUGUUCCUAAUCAGGGAUACCUUUCAGAAGCUGGUGCCUCUCUUGUGGAUAACAAGUUGGGACUAGGAGUUGUACCAAAAACUAAGGUCGUCUGGCUUGUCAGUGAGACUUUUAACUACAAUGCAAUAGAUCGUGCAAAAUCAAGAGGCAAAAAAUAUGCUUUAGAAAAAGUGCCAAAAGUUGCUAAAAAAUUUCAUCGGAUUGGAUUACCUCCUAAGGUUGGCUCCUUCCAACUGUUUGUUGAGGGAUAUAAGGAAGCUGAGUACUGGCUCAGGAAAUUUGAAACUGAUCCUUUACCUGAGAAUACUAGGAAACAAUUUCAGUCACAGUUUGAGAGAUUGGUUACCUUGGAUUAUGUCAUCAGAAAUACAGACAGGGGCAAUGAUAACUGGUUAGUUAGAUAUGAAAAAGAAGCUGAUGGAAUUGACCUAUCGGAUAAGGAUAUCCAUUGGACUACUAGUAAAGAAUCUAUUAUUAAAAUUGCUGCAAUUGACAAUGGUUUAGCUUUUCCCUUUAAACAUCCUGAUGAGUGGAGAGCAUAUCCAUUUCAUUGGGCUUGGCUUUCUCAAGCAAAAGUUCCUUUCUCCCAAGAGACCAGAGAUUUAAUUCUCCCUCGCAUUUCUGACAUGAACUUUGUACAGGAUCUUUGUGAAGAUCUUUAUGAAUUAUUUAAGACGGAUAAAGGAUUUGACAAGGCUACUUUUGAAAACCAAAUGUCUGUGAUGCGGGGACAGAUUCUGAAUCUUACUCAGGCAUUAAAGGAUGGAAAGAGUCCUCUUCAGCUAGUUCAGAUGCCACGUGUGAUUGUGGAGCAGCGAAGUGGUACUGGAAGCCAAGGCCGAAUUGUUCAUCUGAGUAAUACUUUCACACAGACCUUCCAUAGCAGGAAGCCUUUCUUUACCUCUUGGUAGCAACAGGAAUAUAUGAGCAAAGUAUGUGUCUUCAAUUUAGUAAGUUCUGCGUAAAAGUUCUGAGAUAAUGUAAUUCUACUGUAUACUGAGAGCUCUGACUGCCAAAACCUCAAUACUUAAAUUUUGAAGACUUAAGAAUUGUAUUUUGAAUGUAAUCAAAGUUUACGAUAUUGUGUCAAAAUUGUGAAUCCUUACGUCAGGGAAUGAGGAACUUGUCUAUAUUGUAUUUUUAUAGGCUGAAUUGAUGUAUUCUGCAUAAUACUAAAGGGAAAAAUUACAGUUUACAUAUGCUGAGAGACUACUUUUGCAUACAACAUAGAAAUAGAGCUUUUUGUUAAAUAUAAAUGUGAAAAUGUACACUAUAAACUUCAUUUUUUAUAUAUGCUGUUUAGAAAUGAAGCACAGCUGAUGUUAUCUUUUGAUUGUAAAAAUUCUAUUUCAUGUUUCUACUUCCCGAUGUCAUAAGUUAUUCCAUCAGUUCUCAUAGCCUAGUUAGUUGGAAAAUGUUAAAAUAAAAUGGUCGUGCAUUUAAAAAAAGUGCAUUAGUUUCUAUUCUUGAGACUUGAAAAAGAUGCUCCAAAGGUUUUUAAUUUGGGACCAAAAAGAGAGAGAGAGUGAGCGUAAAAAACAUAGUUUAUUCAGAAUUUAGUUUCAGUGGGAAUUGUGUACACAUGCUGUAGGGUGAAAAUUGGUCCUUAUUCUUCAUAUUAUUUGUACAUUUAAAUAAUUUAUUUAAAAAUCUCAUAUUUCUCUCUAGAUAGGAUCAAAGUUCUUCUGUAAUUCCAUCACAGGAAUAAAACAGUAUAUAGUUUAUUUAAAGAUGAUUGCUUAUGGUAUGGAUAGCCUUGUCAUUCCUGAUAGCUUGAACACUGAAGGGUUAAUCUUUUAAGCCACUCCAUGAUGGAUGUUAGUCAGAUGGUGCCGUUAUUUAUUUUUAACCAGUGAAAACAGAUCAACUGCAAUAACUGGAACUCAGAAACCUGUCAUUAGACUGCUAGCAACACUGUUCAUCUGACACAUUUUAUUUACCUUUUAUAUUGAAGUUGCAGAGUUUAAGAAUCUAGGAUCCUUUUGCAAGUCAGUGACUUAUGUAACGUUUUAUUUCAGUUGUUCUUGAAGGUUAAGAUGGGGAAAAAAUCUUUGUCACUAAAUUGCUGCUUUUAUGAAACCUACAGUAUUUUAGACACUGCUGUAUUUUUUAUAAUUCUAAGCAAUACUAUUGAGAUCUCCCAAUAUCAAGUGCUUGUAUACUAUUUUAUAUAAUCUUGAGUUGAUGUAAAUAUCAAUGUAGUGUGUCAGAAAUUCAGUUGACUUACUAAAAUGUCUAAGCCUUAAAUAUAAAACUACUGUACUGUGGGAUUUUAAAAUAAGACUGAAACAGCCACCUUUAUAAACAUUUCCAUGGUUUUGUUUUAUCUAAAAAAAAAAAAAACCAAAACAGUUCUUAAAUUAUAAAGAAUGUUUAAGGUAGGGGACAAGGCUACUUUAAACAAUAAAUUUGAAAUGG